UCUUUAGCAGCUGCAUCACUUAGUGAGAGCAGUGCUGCUGAGCCGUCUUCUACAGGAUCAGAUGAUUCUUUAGUUAUCCCACCCCGUGCAGUAAUUGCUCGAUCGUUUGAAUCUAUUGAUUCUCUCUGUCCAAAUGCACGGCCUUACAUCAACAACUCGAGGCAGUCUUUGGAUUCCAUGGGAUCUUAUGAAUCCCUACCCAGGUGUUACUCCAUCCCUAACUCAGAGAAUCCCCACAAAGCUGAUACUCUUACUCCCGGUCGCUUCAACACAUGGACUAAGUCUACAUGGAAGAAGAAGUACCCUUUCAUCGCUCGAUCGGAGAAUAAUCUACUCGACCUUUCCUCUCACAAACUCCGAAAUGCUUUCCGGAGAACGAUCAGGCUGAACAGUAUCACGGGUAAAACAUCAGGACGGGGAACAGGAAGUUUCAGUGUUCACAACAUGAACGGUAACGAGAAGAAGGCACCUAACAGGCAGUUCCACAGUCUAGAUGGGCUGGAUACCAUUGGGGACCUGAUGAGUGAGAGUAAGACUGUCACCGCUGUCGUUUCCAAAGGUGUUCCAGAUCACAACACCCCUUGCACCCCUCUCUCCUACUGCACCACCAACUCUCUCCACUACCCUGAGAGUCUGACAUCCUCCUCCGACUCUCUCUUCAUCGGACACAAACAGGACUUCAGAUCUAUCUGCUGGUCCCAGCAGCGCAGGAAGAGCGGGGCAUCCUACGUGACCGGCACUACAGACGAACUGCAUCUGUCUGGUACAGCGGAGGAGCUGCGGUUUGAGGAGACGGAGCAGGUUCACAUGAUGAGGAACCGUACCGGGAGGAGACUCAGCGACAUUGGGCUCUUCAAGGAGGUCACAGUCAAGGUGAAAGUGCCGGCCUCAGUGCUGUGCUCGAAAAAGGGUUUCGGAAAGGAGAUCUUGUUCACAUUAGCACCAACAGUAAAGCUUUAUCAUCUUAUCGCUGAGAUUGAAAAGUUUACGAACAUGCCUCUGAUGAGGUACAAGCUGUGUCCGGGGCUGGUUCUGCAGGACUGUCUUGAUUUCUGGCGAAGUGAAGAAGAUCUAAAUCUAAACAAAGAGCUCCAACUCUGCACAGCAAUGGAGGAGGCUCCGACGUUGCAUUUCCGAGUGAUCUCGAAAGAAACGAGUGAGAUGGAGGUUAAGGUAGCCAUAGCAUUGCCUCCUAUGGUUAUAACUGCAAAUUACAAGACUGAUAGCACCACAGCAGAUCUAUUGUCUACCAUUAUCAACUCGCCCAAACUCAAAGAGACGCACAUAAAAAGAAAUAUGCAAAAGUUUGGUCUAUAUCAUCCUAAAUACAAAGUUUUCUUGAGAACGGAUGAGUUGGUGUCAUUUUACAAUAUAACGAAUUAUGACGUCUUGGAGCUAAAGACGCGUACGCAAGGAGUAGGCGGACAGUCCCUCUACCUGCAUGUUAUGAUUCCAGAUGAGAACAGAACUGUGCUAGUCGUUAUCAACAGUGACGCUAGUGUUGCAGACCUUAUCAGUAAGAUAUUGCUGGAGGUAGAGUCACGCGAUGACUCCAAAUGGAACUACUACGGAGUGUACCUCCCCUCUAACGAGGAGAGACAAGGAGGCUGGAUGGACGACUACAAGAUGCUGCACUCUUACUCUCUCAACUCUGUGGACAAAGUAGAGCUGCGAGCCCGGUUCCGGAUGUUUAUAUUCGACCUACAAGUGUACAGUACAUCCCAACAGUACACCAGACACUUUGUAAACAUGUACAUCUCAGAUAAGAUAACAGCUGGGGAAGUACUCCGCAUUAUUACCAGUACCAAUUGUCUGGACUACCCUACCUCAUGGUACGGUAUCUACCUGCACGAUAACGAGCGUAUCCAGGACAACAUGAAGUUGUGUGCUGCUCUGGAGGAUAAGGGGACUAGUAAACAGGACUCACUGGUCGUUCACAUGAUACAUCAGCCGAUACAUGUUUCUUUACACGGUGAAGAGGAAACAUCUCACACGUUUAUGGUUGACUUCAGCAUGCCUUUACAGCAACUCCACGCCAUCUUCUGUAGAUACUACGGAAUCAGGGUUCCAGCAGCCUCCACUUUAGAACACAAUGAAACCACACUGGAUCUCACAAUGUGUGCUAUCAAAAACAAGAUCAGUCCUAAUUCAUCCAUCGCUAUCAAAUUCAAAAGGAUCUUAAGUUCGAGUCCCUGCAAUGACAACAGAAAUUCUGUCAUGAUGGGACGUGGUAGAGCAAAGAAACGGCACGAAAGCACUGAUAGCACUGAUUUGAACUCAGUUCGAAGCUUCAGCGACUGUUCUGGCUCAGAAAACAACACCCCCAUCAUGUCCCCAUUCUCUCCUCGUCCUAACGACUGUCUUACUCCAACACUAAACCUGAUAGACAAGAUCCUUGCGGAGACAGCCACACGAGGGGAGGUCACCUCGUAUGAAUCUACUAACGGGGUAGAAACAAACGGGGGUGAGCCGGAUAUAGGUGGUCUGGUUAUCAGGGACGAUACUGGUUCUCCAACUUCACCGGUAUCGGCGCCCAUGUUAGCUGAUAUUAGCCCCAUGUUGGUAUCGUGUCCCACAUCUCCUACCUCUCCUACCUCUCCCACCUCUCCUACCUCUCCCACCUCUCCUACCUCUCCCACCUCUCCUACCUCUCCAACCUCUCCUACCUCUCCAACGUCCCCAAUACCAAUCCUGUCAACUCGACGAAUUGAGCCAUCAAAUAGAUUUGACCCAAAAGGGCCAGAGGCUGUUAUCCUUCGAAAACCAUUAGAAAGGGUAAAACGAGCGCAGAGUAAGAUAUAUGAGGAAGAUGAUAUUAAUAUUUGGGACGACGACUCCAAGAUAGAGGCCACCCUUAUCAAGGAGCAAAACGGACAGAUCAAGAGUGGGACGUUUAACCGGUUCGUUGAGCUGCUCACUGAUACGCGGAGUUAUCGGAUAAACUUUGUUAAAGUCUUCCUCCUUACCUACCAGGCGUUCACAACUCCGAAGCAGUUGUUACGGAAACUGGUACAACGGUACAAUGUACCACGUGAUCCGAACAUGACUAUGGAGGAGUUUGUCAAGUACCGGAUAGGAAUCCAGAACGGUGUUAUCAACUGCCUCAAGUUGUGGGUCACGGACGGAGACGAUUUCGAGAAUAACCCGCACCUCCAGAAGGAGUUUAUGUCCUUUAUACACACGUGUGUGUCACAUGACAACCCCCAACAGUACCGGAUAUUACGGCAGAAGUUACUGGUUGUGAGGGGGAUGGUGCAGGUUCCAGUUUCUAAGAAGGAAGAUAACCGUACCCCGCCUCUUAAACUGCCUCCCAACCUCUCUGCUAACGCCACCUUGUUCGACCACGGUCCCCCAGAGAUCGCAAGACAAUUAACCAUGCUGGAUUUCGCUUUGUUUGCCAAGAUAAAGCCAAUAGAGCUGGUUAACCAAGCGUGGGUCAAGCCAAAGUACUCCCACCAAGCCAAGAACAUUCUUCACUUCGCAGAGAGAAUGAAUACCCUUACUAGAUGGGCUGCCACGUCAAUCUUAGCCCAGAAAGACAAAGCCAACAGAGCGAAGCUGAUCACAGACUUCAUUUCAAUCGCGGACGAACUGUACAAGCUGAACAACUUCAGCUCCUUUAUAGCUAUUAUAAACGCUCUGGAGGGAAGCGCCAUCAGCCGGCUACAUGCUAGCUGGAAUAAGGUCGAGAGGAAGGUAUGUCAGAGGAAUGACGAGCUGUACGAGAUUAUCCUGCCCAACAGUAACUUCAGGAACCUCCGCAAGAAAGUCUCCCAGUCUAACCCACCCUGUAUCCCCUACGUUGGACUCUUCAUGUCAGACCUCACUUUCGCUACGGAGUGUAACCCUACAGUAGUUAAUGGCAUGAUCAACUUCAUGAAGUGUACCUACAUUAAUGACAUUAUUAACCGUCUCCGACUUUACCAGCACACGCCCUACCAUUUCGAAGUUGUCCCCUCAAUAGUAGCUCCUCUACAACAACUAAACGCACUGGACGAGGAGACCCUCUACGAGAUGUCCUUACAGAUCGAGCCCAAGAAACCCAAAUAAAGAACAUACAACCAAAAAUAUCAGACUUCAGACUAUCUUCCUACACCAGAGUGAUUUGAGCGGACUAAACCCCACAGUCUGACGAGACUUAUCACUUCAGAUUAUUAUUAUCAUAACUACCGAAGAACAAUAAUUACCCCUGUUAUGUAGGAUACAGAACAUCAUAAUCUGACAGAUAGGGCGUACUAGAAGAUACCUAUCGGGCGUACUUGAAGAUACAUAUCGUGCGUACUAGAAGAUACCUAUGGGGCGUACUAGAAGAUACCUAGGAACUGAAGACGCCAGACACUGAUAAUCAGAACUCUGUUUUUAGAUUUUACUGUCCGUACUGUAGACGUUAUCUGAAUAAUAAUAUAGGAAGCAAUCGUUAUUUUGUUGGUUAUUUUUGUAUAUGCGAUUAUGAAUAAGAUAGUAUAUUGUAACACACCACCGCAACCGUGGUAACCAUGGCAACCGUGGUAACCAUGGCAACCGUGGACACGUUUAUGGAGAUGAUAACUCGCUUUUUACCACCGCCCACCUUAAUUAAAGUGUUUUGGCAGUGUUCAAGAAGUCUGACCAGCGAAUCCGCUUGAACCAUAACCUUACCCCACCCCUGCACGUAACCCUAACCCUAGCCCUAACCCUAACCAUAUCCCACUUCGAGAUGUUCCUGUGGAAUUCCGCUGGUCGGUCUUCUUGGAUAGUGUUUUUGUUUUAUACUGACAGAUUAGUCAACUCCCCCUUUUGAUAUGUCUAAAUUCUAAUUUGUAUAUCUAAAUUCGAUGUUGUAACUUUUCUUAGGUCUAGGUGUUAUUUUAGAUUACAAUUAGGUGUAAUGAUAGUCUAGGAAUUAAAACAGUAAUAGUAUAAUCUACCACAAUUUGUUCACUGAUAAAGUUUCUGUCGUUUCAAGGAGAGUAAUUGAAUACCCUAGUUUGUGUCAAAAUUUUAAAAUUGUUUGUAAGAAUGUAAGAGCUCAGCUUCUCGAUCACCCUUAGCAUUAUAAAUGGACAGAGAAAAAUGUUUUGCGUAGUUUCGUGAACCAUAUAAUAUGUGAAUAUCUACAUUAUGUCUUGAAAAUAUCUUAA